AUGGGAAAAAUUGAAUCUAUGCUUUCACAAUCUGUGAUUGUGCUUUCCCACAACAUGAGUAUCACCAUGAGACACCUUGAAAUAACAGGAUUUUUUUCUCUGAAGAGCUCAAAGUUUGGGUGUUUGACUAAAGAUUAUGAGAAGUAUCUUGGAGUGAUUGACCAACCAAAGCAGGUGGAAGGCAAAGAAUAUAUCCAGCAAAUACAACUGAUGGAGUCUAUUAAUGAUCACCAACAGAUGGGCAUUACUAAAAAAUCAAGAGUUGAAUAUAUUGAUUCCAAUAAACAGAAUGUGACUAGGUCUCCAACUGCUAAUCAGGAGGAGGUAGAUGAUCUGGCAACCUUAGAAAUAUUAGAUGAGAAUACAAUAACAGAGCAACUUGAGAAGAGCUACAUUCGAGGUCAAAUUUACACUUAUGUGGGAGAUAUCCUCAUUGCAGUCAACCCUUUUCAGAAGUUAGAUCUUUACUCUACAAAGCAUUCCAGAUUGUACAUGGGGGCUAAACGGACUCACAACCCUCCACAUAUUUUUGCUAUGGCUGAUACUGCAUAUCAAUCAAUGGUUACCUAUGGGUCAGAUCAGUGUAUUGUCAUUUCUGGAGAAAGUGGUGCUGGGAAGACUCAAAGUUCUCACCUGCUAGUUCAACAGUUGACAGUCCUUGGAAAGGCUAAUAACAGGACUCUUCAAGGAAAAAUUAUCCAAGUAAACAAUCUGUUGGAAGCCUUUGGAAAUGCAGCCACUAUUAUUAAUGAUAAUUCUAGCAGAUUUGGGAAAUAUCUGGAAAUGAAAUUCACUUCUAAAGGAACGGUUGUAAGCUCUCAGAUUUCAGAAUAUCUUCUAGAAAAGUCUAGAGUCAUAUGUCAAGCUGGUGGGGAGAAGAAUUUUCAUAUUUUCUAUUACAUCUAUGCUGGAUUGGCAGAAAAGAAAAGAUUACCUCAUUAUAAAUUGCCAGAAAAUGAACUCCCAAGUUAUCUACAAAAUGAACUUCGGACACCAGCGCAAGAGGUCCUGAACAAUAAUUGUUAUAAAUCCAAGUUUGCCUCAGUUGAGCAGUGCUUUAAAGUGAUUGGCUUUACAAUGGAGGAACUAGAGUGUGUGUACUGUGUACUUGCUGCCAUUUUAAAUCUGGGUAACAUUGAAUUUUCAUCAGAGAUAACAGAGUACAUGAUUGACAAGAGCAUAAUUUCCAAUCCAAUGCCUCUGGAGAAUUCUGCUUCCUUGUUAUUUAUCCAAGCAAAUAAGUUGCAACAAGCCCUAACCUCUCAUUGUGUGGUUACCCGAGGGGAAACAAUUAUACGACUCAACACAGUGGAAAAAGCUAUUGAUGUGAGAGAUGCUACAGCCAAAACAUUGUAUGGGUGGCUCUUUAGUUGGAUAGUCAAUCAUAUUAAUGUCCUGCUCAAACCAACUACAGAUUUAAGCGGAAGCGAUAAAGGACUAAACAUUGGAAUUCUUGAUAUCUUUGGUUUUGAAAACUUCAAGAAAAAUUCUUUUGAGCAGCUCUGUAUCAACAUUGCCAAUGAACAGAUUCAGUUUUACUUCAAUCAGAAUAUCUUUGCAUGGGAACAGAAUGAAUACAUGAAUGAAGGCAUUGAUGCACGAAUUAUUGAGUAUGAGGACAACAAACCACUAUUAGAUAUAUUCCUACAAAAGCCAAUGGGAUUACUGUCUCUUCUUGAUGAAGAAAGUGGUUUUCCUCAAGCCACUGAUCAAACACUUGUUGAAAAAUUUGAAGACAAUUUGAGAUCUAAAUAUUUCUGGAGACCAAAGAGAAUUGAUUUGACAUUUGGCAUCAAUCAUUAUGCAGGGCAGGUUCUUUAUAAUGUAAGUGGGUUCUUAGCCAAAAACAGAGAUACCUUGCCAGCUGAUAUUGUAUUACUCCUGCGAUCCUCUCAGAAUCACUUGAUUCGACAGCUAGCAACCUACCCUCUUACCAAAACAGGUAAUUUGGCACAGAGGAAGUAUGCAAUAAUUUUUCAGAAGUGGAGACCACAGAAUCGCCAAAUAAAAAAUGAGCAGGAAGAUUCUAUGCAUCCAAGAGAAACAAGCAAUAUGAAAACACAGACAGUUGCUUCUUAUUUCCGAAACUCAUUGAUGGAUUUGUUGUACAAAUUGGCAGUUGGCCAGCCUCAUUUUGUUCGUUGUAUUAAACCAAACAACCAUCAACAGGCAAACAAGUAUGAAAAAGAAAAAGUAUUGAUUCAGUUGCGAUACACUGGAAUUUUGGAAACAGCUCGGAUUCGGCAACAGGGUUAUUCUCAUCGUAUUCUUUUUGCAAACUUCAUAAAGCGAUACUAUUUCCUUUGUUACAAUUCCAGCAACAAACUUCCUAUAAAUUCUGCUACUUGUACUGCCAUCUUGGAAAAAACCAAGUUGAAUAACUGGAUGGUUGGAAAAACAAAGGUUUUUCUGAAGUACUACCAUGUAGAACAACUAAACAUAAAGCGAAAGGAGAUAAUUCACAGGAUUGUUUUGAUUCAAAUCUAUGUGAAAAAAUGGCUUCGUUCAAACAGAUUUAAAAAGUUGAAGGAGAAAAGGGAAGCAAGUGCAACUAAAAUACAAUCAGUUUACAGGGGAUAUGUCACUCGCAAAGCAUUUGCAGAGGCAAAGAAUAUGUAUGGAACAGCUAUGUGGAUUAUCAAGCUCCAGUCAGUUACAAGAAGAUUCCUGAUCCAAAAGGGGGCUAAAGAAAUAAAUGAUGCUGCAGUAAUAAUUCAGUCUUACUUCAGAGGAUACAGGGAGAGAACAAGUCUCAAAAGAAGAAGGGAAUCAUUUCUCAAGAAUAAGCAAGCCGGAAUGGCAACAAGCCCAGGGGAAAAAGAAUAUCUUUCUGAAGAAGACCAAAAUCAACCCAAAAAACAGGGUUGUGUUUCUCCCCAGGAAAGAUCCUCACAAAGCUCACUGAAAUCUAUGGAACCAAGCCAACAAACCACAGAGGAUAACGUGAAGGCAGCUUUAGUCAUUCAAAGUAUUUAUCGAGGGUACCGAGUAAGAGAUCAGCUCAGAAGGAAAAGGAAGUUACCUUUUGAAAAUCAAGAUGAUAGUGAGUCUGGGGCUUUGUCUGAUGAUCUAGUUUUAAAAGAUGGUCCAGAGGAGGAAAAAUCUAACUUGGCUGUUUUCUCCAAACAGAUAUCAAAGUUAUCAGAGAACUAUCUGUCACUGGAGAAGAAACUGAAUAAAAUACUUUUAUCCCAUCAGCUGAGUCCCAUGAAGCUCCCCACAAGCUACCAUCCCAGCAGUCACCUUUCUUCAUAUGUAUACCAGUCUGUUGGUUUCAAAAGAGAGGAUGGCGAUCAUUCACAGAGAAGCCCAAGGCAAUUUCCGAAACCCAAAAUUUUAGAUGAUCCUGAAGAUUCAACCUUUUAUGCUCUUUUACAUAAAUUUUCAUCUAUGCAAGAUGAAAGGCAAAAAGCAAGAAGUAACAGUCUGGGCAAGAUACUGAAUAUAGAAGAUCGGUACUAUCAGGAAUUUUCAUCCACUGAUUUCGUCUCAAAGGAUAGAAAUGCCAGCACAAGAGUAAAGAAUCUCAUGCAAGAUCCUAUCUCUGCAACAUUAAGGAGUAGUGAAGGUGUGCAAGGAUGGCCAAAGGUCAAAGAGAACGAAGAUGAAGAUUAUCCUUUUGACUACCAAAAACUACUCCGGAAGACCUCUCAACGCAGGCGCCUUCUCCAGAAAUAUUAGCUGCUGCUACUGCUACUACUAUUCGCUCUCUGCUUUUUUUCUUCUUGUUUUUUUGUUGGGGAGGUAUAGAAUUUCCAUAUCCUUUUCUUUUGAAUAAAUCUCUCACAUAGAUGUAUUAGCUGUGUAUUUGGGUAUAUGUGAACAUGCUGUCUUAGCUUCUUUCCAAAGAGAGAUACUAGGCUUUGUUAUAAUGUUUGUUUAUUUAAAUAUGCAAACAGAUGCGAAAAAUACUGCUCUCCUACAAUAUAUUCAAGCUCCUAAGAGCUCUUUUGGGAGGGAGGGAGAAGUACAUUAUUUUUCAUCUUGUUUUCUUUUCUAUAUGUUUUGCAUAGCUUUAUCUAUAUAGUGAGAUUGUUUAUGAUCUGCCUGGAUUUCUGAACCCUCCACAUAUUAUGGUUCAAAUGAUCAAUUUAAUUAAUGUAAAUAGACAACCAAAUAAGCAUUGAAUAUUAAAAGACCGUGGGUUAUAGUGGAAGCAGUACAAGUAAUUUAAGCAGCAACUAUAUUAUGAACCAACUUUUAAAUGAGCUUUAGCAUUUAAAUGAGCAGAUGGAAACAUAUGGACAUAAUAAACAAAUAUAAAAUUUGAUCUCUCUAUGUAGCAAUAUAUUUGUGGUAACUAGACAUUAUCAUUCAUUUUGGUAGGCAUUGUAUUCAGGGAAAAGAUGUUGUACAUCAGAGUAGCACUUAAGUCCUUUGUGGGUAGAGAAUAAUGAUUUGAGAGGGGAGACCAUAGGGGGGAUUUGUAUCCUCUUCCUGCAAAUCAGGUGAUUAGGGGCUCUUUUCCUAAAAGAAAAAAAAAACUUUAGUUUUUCUCUACUGUGUUAGCCAAAUACAGUACGGGUUCAUUUAUUUUGCCCUGGUUGUAUUAAAACAAAAGAAAAGCAUAUGUUUCAUUGGAAAUAGUGAUUCUGCUACUACUACUACUACUACUACUACUACUACUACUACUACUACUACUGCUACUACUACUACUAUUAUUAUUAUUAUUAUUAUUAUUAUUUUGCAUGAAUAGUUGAAAAUUGACUUGCAGAAUCUCUGCACAGUGGGAAGAAUUAUUUUCUCUCGUGUUUUGACCAGA